AUGAGCUCAACUGAAGUCAGCAUAGACAAACCAUUCGUCUACAAAGGACUUGUCAAGGCCUACACUUUUGAUUUGACCAGGGCCGAAGCUAUCUUUGACCUACUGUUGAGUGAGAAAAAGGUCAACUUGUCCUUCGGCCAUAAAAUUAUGAAACCCGAAGAGCUCAAAGGAAAGACGUUCUGCAAAUACCACAGUUCUUGGUCUCACAACACCAACAACUGCGUUGUUCUACGAGACGUCAACCAGAAGUUGAUAGACGAAAAGAAGAUCCAAUUCCCUGAAAAGGCGGCCAUGCAUGUCGACUCCAAGCCAUUCCCUCCACCUGUCAUCAACAUGGUCAAUGCUCAGCUCCGGGCCGAAUAUAGGGAACUUCAUCGGCCGGCAAAAGGAAAGGAGUCGUUGGCCGAAACAGAGCUGGUACCGUACAGUCGGUUCAAGUAUAAGAACGGUCAGCUCAGAUCGCCAGAGGACAAAAGAAAGGCCGCCGAGCCAUCUCAACCAACUAUGAAGAAAUACGAUGGCCAGUACGACCGUCGGCCAGCAAACAGAGCUGUUUUCGACCGACUAGGGGGACAAAGCCCCAGUACCUCGGCGGGCCACAAAGACGAAGCCGCUCCUAGGCCAGUGAAGACUUUCAAACCAUCGGUCAUAAGGGAUGACCGUUGGUAUCACGCACGACCUGGGGGCAGUGCCGAACCGCUGACAAAAACCCAGCUGAGAAGGAUGCAGAGACAAGUUCAGUAG